UUUUUGGUUCUUCAACUGCGUUCUGCCUCCUCUUCCCAUGAAUCCCAUCUUCACCCAUUCUGCUUCCUCUUCUCAUCUUCCCAUCUUCUUCGAUCGCUUCCUCUUCCUUUUCCCACCCAUAGCUUCCUCUUCACGUUUUAUCCCUAGAUCUAAACCAUCCACCCAUGGCCUCCUCAUCUUCUCUCUUCCUCUUCCUCUUACACUCCCAUCGACUGAGACAAACGGCCUUCUGGAGAAGAACACGAGCGAUGGCGACGGCAAGCAAGGGCGAUGCAGACGUUGGAGAUUGUGUUUCAAUUUUCUAGGUUUCGUUCCGUGCGUGGCUAGCGUGGAGAAGAUCCAACAAGAUAAUAGGAACAGUGUUAAAGUUCGCGUGGUAUUGUCGGCCAGAAGAAUCGAAUGGAGGACAUAGGCAAUUCCAUGGAGCGAAAGAGCUAUUCUUGUCGGAUUAUUAUGACAUCAAGAGUGCUCACUCCAUCCGUGUGCCUUGGAUUUCACGUUUGUUUUUCCUUUCAAAUUCAUUGGUGCAUAUUGAUAAUUUUAGUCCGAUUUUAGACCUGGGCCUUGGUGGCUGUAUUAGUUUAGUAUGAUGAUUUUCAAAAUUCAUAGCAUGUUAGUCUCUUUGCACGGUUUGUCGUGUCCUUUGCAUUAAAAAAAAAAAUCAUGACAUGAUUUCUUGUUGAAGGUAUUGAAAUGAAAAUUAGGUUUGAGUUAUUAAGUAA